UGGUGUCGAAUCAGCCAUGCGGCGGAGAAGGCAUUGACGUCGAAUCGCUGGUAGGAGGGGGUGGAGGAGGGGGCGGUGAUCAUGGCCAUGCGGGGCGCACGGGGCACCCCCACGGGGCUGCCCCAGGCCAUGAGCCCCGAGAGCGCGCUGGCCUCGGACAUCUUCGACCAGUUCGUGUCCGCCGGCACCUUCAAGACGGCCCUGUCCACCUACCGGCAGAUGUGCGACGUGCUUCAGUUGAGCCCGGCGCCGCUGCCGGUGUUCUACCCGCGGCUCAAGGUGAAGCUACGAUCCUGGCGAGCCGCCUCGCUUUGGGCCAAGCUGGACAAGCGGGCGGCCCACAAGUGCUACAACCGGGGGAAAGCAUGUGCGGGCAUGCGGGUUCUAAUCAUCGGAGGUGGUCCGUGUGGCCUUCGCACGGCCAUCGAGGCGCAGCUUUUGGGCGCCAAGGUGGUCGUGCUGGAGAAGCGGGACCGCUUCUCGCGCAACAACGUCCUUCACCUGUGGCCCUUUGUCAUCCACGACCUUCGCAGCCUUGGGGCCAAGAAAUUCUUUGGAAAGUUCUGCGCGGGCUCCAUCGACCACAUCAGCAUCAGGCAGCUACAGCUGAUACUCCUCAAGGUCGCCCUCCUCCUGGGGGUCGAAGUUCACGAGAACGUGACCUUCAAAGAUCUUCUCGAGCCACCCGAAGACCAAAGCAUGGAAAAAAUUGGGUGGCGUGCUCAAGUACUUCCUGCCGAUCACCCUGCGUCUCAGUACGAGUUCGACGUGCUGAUCGGUGCGGACGGGAAACGAAACACGCUCAAGG